AUGCUACACAAUUUCAAGAGAUUUACCAUCCGACAAGUACCACGGGAACAAAAAUCCAACGUUGAUGCUCUAGCCAAGCUAGCUACCACCAAGGAGGUGGAGAUGCUUAAUGUGGUCCUAAUUGACUACUUGGCUUCCCCAAGCAUCGUAGGACUCGAGGAAGAGGAAACAAUCCAGCCUUUGGACAGUUGGAUGAAGCCAAUAAUGAAAUACCUCGUCUCCAUAGAACUACCGCAUGAUAAGAAAGUGGCUCAAAAGCUACUUUAUCAAGCUCAUCAAUAUGUUAUCAUGGACAGCAAGUUAUACAGCCGAGGAUGUUCACUGCCGCUACUCCGAUGUUCCUUGCCCAUGGGAAAUGGAGGAGUAAAGCACGCGAUUGUGGCAAUUGACUACUUCACAAAGUGGUUUGAGGCUGAACCUCUCACUACAAUCACCUCCAAGAAGGUGCUAGACUUCGUCAUCAAGAACAUCAUUUGCCGCUACAGGCUCCUGAGGAAAAUAGUAUCUGACAACAGCCUACAAUUUAACAAUGCUUUGUUCACUGAUUUUUGCAAAAGGCAUGGAGUUAUCAAGAGUUUCUCCUCUAUAGCCCAUCCUCAGGAAAACAAGCAAGUGGAAGCGGUCAACAAGACGCUUAAAGUCACUUUAAAGAAAAGGUUUGAAUAG